AUGGCUGACCAGCCGAAGCCUAUCAGUCCGAUCAAGAACCUGCUGGCCGGCGGCUUUGGCGGCAUGUGCCUGGUGUUCGUGGGACACCCUCUGGACACGGUCAAGGUCCGAUUGCAGACACAACCCACAAGUUCACUUGGACAACCUCCCAUGUAUUCUGGGACCUUCGACUGUUUCCGGAAAACUCUUAUGAAGGAGGGUAUUACAGGAUUGUAUCGGGGCAUGGCUGCUCCUCUCAUUGGCGUCACCCCCAUGUUUGCUGUGUGCUUCUUUGGAUAUGGUUUAGGGAAGAGAUUGCAGCAGAAAUCUCCAGAGGAUGUGCUCAGCUACCCCCAGCUGUUUGCAGCUGGGAUGUUAUCUGGUGUCUUCACGACAGGAAUCAUGACCCCAGGAGAGCGGAUCAAGUGCUUGUUACAGAUUCAGGCUUCUUCAGGAGAAACCAAGUACACUGGUACCUUGGACUGUGCAAAGAAACUGUACAAAGAAUCUGGCAUUCGUGGCAUCUACAAGGGCACUGUGCUCACCCUCAUGCGAGAUGUUCCAGCCAGUGGAAUGUAUUUUAUGACAUAUGAAUGGUUGAAAAAUAUUUUUACUCCAGAAGGAAAGAGUGUCAGUGAGCUCAGUGCACCACGGAUCCUGUUGGCUGGUGGCAUUGCAGGGAUAUUCAACUGGGCAGUGGCUAUUCCUCCAGAUGUGCUCAAGUCCCGUUUCCAGACUGCCCCUCCUGGGAAAUAUCCUAACGGAUUCAGAGAUGUGCUCCGGGAGCUAAUCCGGAAUGAAGGCAUCGCGUCCUUAUACAAAGGCUUCACUGCAGUCAUGAUCCGAGCCUUCCCGGCCAAUGCGGCCUGCUUCCUUGGCUUUGAAGUUGCCAUGAAGUUCCUUAAUUGGGCCACACCCAACUUAUAAAGCUGAAGGCUUCUCAAGGCUUCUGGAUGCUGGAGCUGUUUGCUGAGGAGAAACAGUGGGCAGGACUGGGCAGUCCCAAAGGGUGAGGGGAUGGGAUGAUGGGAUCAGAGCUCUGUGUGUGAAUUUGGUGAAACAGUUGCCUUAAUGACAUCAUCUGCCUCAUACAACUU